ACUAAACCCUAAACCCUAGCAAAAACAUUGAUAUUUUGUUCUUCGUCCGCUCAAUUACUCUCUCAUACCCUAAACUACUCUCAUCUUCCUCCUCGAUCCAAGCUCUCUCAAUGGCUUCCACUUGCCUUAGAUCUCUGAAUCUCAGCUCCCUUUCUUCUCUUCGAUCACGCGUCUCCAAAGCAAACAUCCCCGGUCGGCUUCCGAAAUCCUUCACCGCUGGAUCCGCCCGGACUGCCACAGAGACAGACGCCGGAGCCGCCUCUCAUUCUCCCAUGCACCGAUUCCGUGCCAUCUCUCGGCCUCCAGUGGUGUUGGGGUCCUGCGCUGGAUCCAUGUAUCCGCUUCACAGCGCGGUGGCGGCAGCGAGGCUGACGUCAAGGCUGAGCUUCAGUUCCAUGAGCUGUCGAGAUAUCUCACAGGAGGUUGGUUUAUCGGUUCCAAGGUGAGAGUUGCAGCUGAACCAUUGAAAUGUUUUUUUU